AGUACACAAAAAAAAGAGGCCAGCAGCUAACGACCCUCAUAGGAAAACAUACGACCAUCGUCAUCGAGAAGCGGUUAAAGCGGCAAAAGAUAACCGUCAACGCGCGAAAGAAACCCUCGAUGCGAAGCGGGCAGUCCUCGCGGACCGGACAGCCGCUGCGAAUUCGGUAGCAUUAACUGCUCUUUUUUCCACCCGUCCAGAAGAGUCUCAAUUUGAUUUUCUUUAUGGUCCACCGCUUUUUUUUAAUCAUGAAAGAGGGGCAUAUGUGGGCCCACCAUGACCUGAAGAAGCGCUCUCGUUUCUCUUUUACAAAAAUGUUCGCUGUAUGCAGAGCCUCGGGACUAGAGGACAUUUCUCGAGACACAGUCGGCGACUUCUGCCUUCUAGUGCUCCUUUCGUGGCGAUAUUUUUUAUCAACAGCGCAUCUUAUGUGAACGAGACUCAGAAUUGUAAAUGUAUUAUAGACAACGCGUGUUAUCCUGGUUUAUCUGCAG